GUGAGUGAGUGGGUCAGUCAGUCAGGCGAUGCUCGAGUGCUGCAGGAUUUGCUGUAUCAUGCCGCCCCAGGCGGCAUGCAGGGUGUUCUCCGCUGACUUGAGCUUCCUCAGCAGAGCCAGGCUGUCACACGCCUGCACACACACGCACGCACGCACGCACACAGGGAGGCAUGCUCGUAUGUGAGACCGAUGAUCAUCUGUUGAUAGGGAGCCCUCUCUCUGCGUGACCUGUCUGUGAAAUGUGGCCUUGAAAGCGUCGAAUGCAUCCCUUCUCGCCCUGCACACACCACACCGCAUAAGGGGAGUUAAAGCAAUGAAUGCACUCUGCCAGAUGAGAUGGCGUGUUCAGUAAUUACUUGAAGAGUCCCUUGUGCACCGGCGAUCUGAACGACUCCACAUCUGGCGACCUGUGAGGCAGGCAGACAGACAGACGCAUGACAUGGAUGGCCUUGGCUCUGUGGGCGUCUGUGUCCUUUUUCUCCCUACAUUCCCUCGAGAGGUCCCUCCCCCUCUUCCCCCUCUUCUUCUCCUUCCUGCUCUUCACCGUCCGCCCCCUCUGCCGCCUCGCCCUCCUCCCCCUCGUCAUGCUGGCUCUCUUGUGUCUCACCCUCCCCACCAGGCCGGUACGAGUAGCCAUCAGCCGACCAUUCCUCACCUAAAUGGAUCCAUCCAUCCAGCCAUCCAUCCAUCCAGUCAUGUGUGCAUUGGGUGUUUCGCUGAGCUGACUGAGUUGCAGCGCGUCGAAGUCUUCGCCCUCCCAAGUGCGGGCUGGGAAUGGCUGCGAAGGGUCGAGUGGCGGUCUGUCGAUUGCGACGUCGUCCCUGAACCGCCGCUUGAGCGACUUGCGCGCCACGUCGAUGUCCUCAUCGCCUGGGAGGGGGCUGAAGUGAAUGAAGUGAGGCAGCGCGUCGACCAACGCCACGGACGCCUGCCAAACAGCACAGCACAGCACAGCGAAGACACAAAUGGCCACACCGGACUCUUCCGUCCGUCAAAGUGUAUACCUCAAAGUGCGCUGUGCACGAGGCGGCAAAGUCUUUGGCGACCUUGACUAGCACUCGCCGUAUCCUCCCGUGCGCACGCUGCAACGCCUGAGACACACACACACACACACACACAGGUGAGAGGGAGACACAGGCAGACAGACACCCACACUCGCGUCGCUUACGGUGCGGGUCUUCUUCUCCCGCGCUCUCUCCGACUCACAUAGCGCUCUGACCGACCAUGUCAGCCACCACGCCACCACACAUACACACAGACAUGGGAGAAAAGGCGUUUGUUUGUUUGUUUGGUUAUUGUUUACUUGACUUGGGCGGCGCAGUUGGGGUUGGCCAGCCCGGGGGUGAGUUGCUUCUCGUUGGCCUCUCGCUGCCGCUUGGACUCGCCCAUCGCCAGUCGCAGCUCGUCCUCGGCCGCACCUACCUCACUCCUACAUGAGAGAGGAGCCAAUGGAUUGAUGUCUGUCUGUCAGUCUGCGUGGCUUGGCGGCUGACCUGAGGCGGUUUGUGUAUCGCUGGCGCAGGUCAGCGAAGAUGUUGGCGCCCAAGUGGGGCAGCACUGACUCGAGCAGCACCACACACAGCUGCCGCAGGGAAAGGCAAAACUGAAGCCAACACACACGACACGACAGAGACAUGAAAGAUACGAGACGCCGUCUCCGGGGGUGCGGUGCAUCCACGUGACGUGCCUCGGUGUGCGACUCGUGUGCGGAUGCCUUCAUCGUCUCGAGGAACCUGGUCAUGAAGUCCGGCACGCUGCCGCCAUAGUUGCCCCUGGCCUCAGCCCCAAUCUUGUCCACUGUCGGGUUGAACGGCUGUCCCUCCCUCCUCACCCCGCCCAGCAGCCGCCAGAGACACCCCUCACACAACGCGCCUUCGUGCUCAUCAUCCCCCUCGGACGGCUGCACGCGAGUCUCCUCGAGCAUUGCCGUCAGCGGCUGCUCGACUGGUGGGUACAUGGCCGCGGCCUUGUCGGUGAGGCACUCGAGCUUGGCGCACAUGGUGCGGACGCUCAGCACCAGCACGCCUAAUGCGCUUCUGCCCUCCAUCGCCACAGCCGUGUGGUUGGCACGGCCGGAUGCCGCCGCGGGGAUCUCGGCGAGGUGGGGUGCGAGGGUGAGUUCGGCCGGCACGUUGGUGUGAGGGCUGAGAAGGGGGUGGUCUGGCUCUGCUGGUGCGAGGGUGCCGGUGGUGCUUGUGUUGCUGCCGAUGAGGCGGAAGAGGUACACCAAGAACAGCUGCAUCUGUUUGAUGGCGCUGGCGUAGAGGGACGUCAUGCUCCGCAACUGCUCCUGCGCCCGCCUCCGGGGCCCGCCGUGCUUCCUCCCGAGCCCCUCCCUCUCACAGAGACUCUCUAUGGCGUCAGCACACGCCUGCUCGAACUCUUGCAGCGGUUCGGUCUGGCACAGUUCAGCUUCUUCGGUCAGUUUGUCGAUCAUGUCUGUCUGCGCCUGCUGCUUCUCGUCGAGGAUGGCGUCGAGGGCGGCGGUUUCCUUGCGAUAGAAAUCCAUUUCGAGGGCGCUGUAGGACUCGAUCGUCGCGCAUGUGGAGAGGUACUCGGUGUUGAGGCCCUUCAGGUAGCUGAUGCCGCUGGUGCUCAAGGUCUUCAGCUCCUGCCAAGUUGCGAAGAUGAAGACACGCGAGACCUGGCAUGUGUCUCUUGGCCUACCCACCUUGAUGAAUGUGCGGCACUGGUCACACAGCUUGCCGUGGGCCUCCUUGACGUUCCUCUGACACCGCACAUAGGAGACUUGGCAAUGAAGCUGGUCUGUCUGUCUGUCUGUCUGGGUGUCUGUUUGUCUGUCUGUCAGUCCCUCUUUCUCACUUGGAAGGCGCUGUAGGCGGCGAGACUCUUGCCGUUGGGCAGCUUGGCCGACUCUUUUUCCACAACCUUCUUAAAUGUCUCCUGAGCGUGCAGCAACCCCUCCUGACAGACACAGACAUACACCACACCCACAGCCCACACGCCAUCCAUCAGACGUACCAUUCCCGCACACACGCACAUACACACACAUCCAGAGGAUCGCCCACGUCACGUGCCUGUGCGUUCUUGAAGUCGGCUUCUUGUUUCUCGCUUUUCUGCAGCAACGACAGCAGGUGCCUCUCCCAUUUCUGGCGGUGCUGCUGCAGCUCUGCCAGUCGAGGCCGUUCCACUUCCACCUUGACCCGGCCCUUUCGGCUCUCGUGUCGCCUCAGCCGCUCGUCGAGCUGUCGGGCCGCCUCCUCCUCGGCCACCCGCAAAGUGCUGUCGGCACAGUCCUUGCUCAUCCGCGACCGAUCCUCAAACAGAGCGAACAGCACGUCACGGCAAUGGGCCACCUUCUCCAGCAGCCAUCCCUGGUCGACGCGCAGCUCGAAUACCAACAUCUUGUCAGCGUCUUCGCCGUGCUCGUCUCGCAGCAUGGUCCUCGGGUCGACGACUGCCUCUGCAGGCUUCUCUUCUUCCUCCUCUGCUGCUGCAGCAGGUGGCUCCUCAACUGCCUUCUUGUCCGUCUUGCCAGGACUGGCAGGUUUUGCAGGUGGGGCGGCUUUGCCCUUGAGAGCUAAGGGCGGGGGCGGGGGCGGGGGCGGGGGCGGCUCCUCUUCAUUCUCCUCUUCCUGCUGCUCUUCUCUCGGCGGCGGCUCAGAAAAGGUGAAGCGCUCGGCUAUGUCCGCAAGAGUCGACUCACAAACGAAGUCGAGACCGCCUGAUCCACAAUAGACAGUCAAGGCAGGGAUAAGGCAGAGAGAGAGAGAGAGAGAGACAUGAAGUCGGCUUGGGGCGAGCAUGCUUUGUGGUUUGUGCGUGUCUCACUGGGUGCCUUCCAUUGCGGUUUGGUUGGCUCAGGGGGCGGGGGAGGAGGAGGAGACUCCACUGGCUUGGCUUUGUCCUUCUUGCCUUUCUUGUCAGGUGCCGGUGCUGCCUUAGGAGCUGCUGUCUCAGCGGGCGGGGCGGCGGCAGACUCCUCGUCCUGUCAUCUCAUCCAAAGCAUCUGUUUUGUUUCCUUCUAGAUGUACAAGACUGUGUCUCUUUCGGUGUGCCAUGUGUGCUGCCUGCCUUCACCCCUACCUUCUUCUCCUGGUCCAUCCGCCACUGCUUGAGAGUGAUCAUGUCAAAGACAUGGCCCAUCUUGCUCUGGUGGCCGUAGAAUAGUGCCUCGAGCUUAGGGGUGAAGUCGGCGUGGAUCUUGCAGAGGAGGGCGGCAUGGUCGCGAUAGGCCUGCUCGAGAUCGUCCAGGGCAGCAAAGGAGGUGUCCACCAGGGCCUGCAGGCUCUCCUCGUCCGACGCCGACUUGAUACUCCUGCGUGGCAUGCAGAAGGAGAAAAUGACGUACCCAUUCGCUCAUGGUCCCACAGCUGCAGUACCUGUUGAUGUCGCUGAGGUGUUCCUCCCUGCUGGUGCAGUCAUUCUGGUGUUCGAUUUUGGUGUUUUCGAUCCACCCCUGCUGGUCCUCCUCGGCGAGCCGCAACUCGUACUUCCACACGCGGUUGCGGUCCUCCACCUGCUGCAGGAAUUUGACAAGCCGAAGGCAGGUACGGUGUUGCUCCUCGUCCAUCUCCUGCAAACAAGACAAGACAAGACAAGACAAUGGCUGAAAAAGGGGGAGAGAGAGAGAGAGAGAGAGAAGGAUCGCACGCACCUGCACCCAGGCGGAUGCACACUGCGCCAUGGUGGAGUUAUUGUCGAGGUGUUUCUGGGCGUGUGGUCUGAUCUUGGCGUCGACGAGGCCCUUGAGGUCUUCGAAGCCGCCCCAAGCGCUGCGGGCAUCGUACUCGGCCAACUCGACGCACAACUCGUCUGCACCCACCCAUCCAUCCAUCCAUCCCUGUAUGUGACAUGGGUGCCACCCCGACAGCCUCAAUGACUAACCCAGGAUGGUGUCGGCGAGGUGUGUGGUCUGCUGCUGCACCUGCCGGAAGCAGUCAAACAGCUUGUCAUACUCCUCCUGCGUGACGUCGUUGACGCUGUUCAGCUCAUCCUCGACACGUUUCAGCUGGCCGCUCUCCCACUUGUCCAGAGGCACGGCGAAGAUCGAGCUGACCAGGGCCAUGCGCUGCCGGUACACGCCGUCCUGUUUGGUUCGGAGGGCGUCGAAUGCGUCCAUAAGUGCGGGGGGCCGCCUGAGCUCGUGGCCCUGGUUGAUGCGGGCCAGCGUGCGGCGAAGGGCGUAGCGGUGCCUGGAGAGACACAGACACACACACAUUGGAUGCGGUUUGCCUUCUGUGUGUGCGUAUCUGUCUAUGCGUCCUCUACCGCUGUUCCCUCCAACGUGCUAGGGCGCUAUGCCACCUCUCCUUGCCCCGCUUGAGCUUCUCAAUCCCGCUCAGCUUGAGCUUGGCACUCAGCUCGGCGAAGGCCUUCUUGUUCUCCAGCACGUUCACGUUCGUCUCGAUGCAGUAGUCCUCGACCAGCCGCUCCACCUCUCCCUUAGGCACGUAUGCGAUGCUCAUGAGCUUCUCCGACAGUGCCUUGAGCAGCGCCUCGUUGGUGUCCCGUCGCUUGCCCUCGAGCGUCUCCAGCUCAGCAGCAAAAGUCUGCACCCUCUGCUGGUAUUUGCUGCCCCAAGCGUCCACCUCCACCAGCACCCCAUCGAUGUCGUGCCGCGUCAUGUGGCCGAGGGUGUCCUCGCCUUCCGAACCAAACAUGGGGUCACGGGAGGGGUCCACACUCGCCUCAUCCCCCUCUCCCCCAUCCUCUCUCCCACCCUCGCCCCGGUCUCGUUGCUCCUGCGUCUCUUUCUCCUGUUCUGCGGCUUUAUCGGCGUCUCUCUCAAUGAUGCUUCUCUUGGGAAGUGUGGGCGCCUGCUCCAGAGGCCGCAGGAGAGCUUCCAGGAACUCCUCCAGCUUGGUGAUGUCCUUCUGCAUCCCCUGUGUGGCUGACUUGAUGCCUUUCUCGAGUGUCUCCUCCACAGCGAAGUUCUCAUCGUCAUACAGGGCGAGGCUCUGGUCGUGCCGCGCCUUGAGCCGCUCCAUCAGCCCCUUGACUCGGCCACCCGACCCGCCCACACCGCCUUCUUGAAGUUGAGGAGCCGUCAGUGUGGCCACUUUCUGCCUCGCCAGCCGCCGUUCGGCCUCUGCUGCACGGACCCUCUCAGAUGCACCGGCGGGCAGAGAAGCACGCCGCUCUCUCUUCGGGCUCGGUGGCUUCGUGGCCUUCUUUUCAUCGUCGACUUGCUCAUCGUCAGAGGCCGCCUUGAUCGAAGAGCGCUUGGCCCUCGCUUGUUUGACCUUUUUGUGGGCGUGGAUGGCCUCUGCCAGCUUGAAGGUGUCCCGUAGGGCGGCCGCAAAGCUACUCGGCAUCGUGUUUCCCGGCGCGGUGAGCUCCUUCUGCUUGGUGAGGCCCAGCAGGUCCUUGUCGAGGGUUUGGUCAUUGCAUUCGGUGCGUUGGUGAUCCUGGAGGUUCAGGUUGGCCCUCAGAUGCGCCACUGUCGCCAUGCCGCUUGCCAU